UCAAGAGAGUUCUCGGAAAGAGAAAGUACCUAUCAAGGACAUGUUGAUGUAAACAAGCCUCCUUUGAAACAUGGACUAUGAUGGAGUAGAUUAAGGACUAUGUCAACAGCGCCUAUUCUUUUUUCGUUGGAAAAAACUGUUCCAAUAUGUCGCAUACAGUUAUACAGGGAUGUGGUUUGUAAAGAGAAAUAUGGGCCACUAGAUCGAGUCUGGAUUUGUCCUGGUCAUGUGUUUGUAUCAGUUCGAGAUGGCAGACAGCUCUAUACAUUUGACACAAAAAAUACAACACAGGAUGAAAACAAAGGCUGUCUUGAUUUACAAAACCUAGAUCCACCUCUUCUAGAGGUCUUGUCAUAUGAUGCCAAUCAGUCGGUUUAUAUUGUCCAGCAGAAUGGAUAUGUUCAAUGCUGGAAGUUCCGCGCUGACAGAAUCUGGAUUUUAGAGCAGGAAUUUAAUAUAUGCAACAGUAACCGGUCAGAGGUCACUAGUGUGUGUCUGCAUCCUACCCACAACACCCUCUACUGGUGUGAAAAAAGAACAACUUCCUCCUCAGGACAGUCUGUAUUCUGUAUAUGUAGACGAAAAAUUACAAAUGGGGAGGAGACGGUAUCAGAGCGUGAACUGGGUCCGGUGGAAGCCAUCAUGCACAAUAUCUGUCUCUGUCAUCUUCAUCCUUUGCAGCAUGGACUUGCUAUUGUCAUAAAAAGUAAGCCCCCGUUAGUGUCCAUGGUAAUUUAUUGGAACCAAAGCUCAAACUCCGUCACUAUGUACUCAGGGCCUUACACUUUGGUUGUGGAAAAUUCCACCUCCUCUCAAGCAUUUGAUUUCACUUCAUUGGCAUUCAAGUUCAUCAGCAUCAGCAUUCAGGUAAGAAAUAAAUAUGCAAUGCUUGGCUAUGCAUACAAUACUCAGAAAAUGGAACUGACAAUCAUAGAGGAGGGCAGCGUGAUGCGGAGGCUGUCUGCUGGGAGCAGAAUGUGUGAUAAAUUAAAUGAAGUGCAGUUGGAGGUUGGUGCAGACAAAAUAGAGAAGGGUGCCACUUGGUUUUGUCACCAAGGAAAUCUUGGUCUUCUUCACAAGACUAAUCUGCUUUUAUUUGACAUGGACUCAGGGAAACUUGUGAACUCAAUCGCUCCACAAGAGGGAUCUGUGUUCUUGGGAAUGUGCAAUACCAGCCCUGCCUCGGUAGUAUCUGCUGUGUACGCAGGGGACAAUGUAUAUGUCAUUAUGAAACAAAAAAAGAAGGAAGAAUGGGACUUCAGCACGACAUCAUCCUUAAAGGACUUUCAAACAACAGCUCUUCAUAUUGCUCACCUUGAGCAGGAAAAAACUGACAAUCCAUCAACUAAGGUGAAGCAAAGUUUGUCACACUUAAAGCAGACCUGGCAAAAAUCUAAAGACCAGAAACCAGGCACAAAGCUUGCUGAAAUUGUGGCACCUUAUCUGGAAGAAUAUUGGAAGUUGGAAAAUAUUUCUACCGAAGCAUUUCAGCCUUCUAAGUUAGCUUGCCCCACCUGUGUUGAAGAUGAGGUUCUCCAUAUUCUUGACCCCAAUUCCUCUCUCCUCAUGUCGGACCGCCAUGCUCGCCUCCUCUCUCUGGCCCACUCCCACCCAAAACAAGUCCUGGCGGUUCUUGAAUCACAGAUGGAGUUUGAUACAGAUGAUAUCAGUGCAGCCCAGAUCCAGCGCUGGCAGUGCAUUCUGGCCCCAGAUGUUUCUGUGAGCCCAGUCAGCAGUGAUGUCGCCGUCCCAAUGUUUGAGCACAUCUGUCGUCUUCUGUACAAGCUAGAACCAAAAAAACUGAUGCAGUUUGUGAAGAUUUGUCAAAUGAUCAACGACCAGAAAGUGGGAGUGUCUGCCUUCAUUAGAAAGCGACAAUCGAUUCAUUAUUAUGAACGAGCUGUUGUUUGUAUACAAGACAUAGAUGACGUAGUGACCUCCCCUGAUUCGGCCCAGGCAUUUGUCUCUCUGCUGUUGGCCAGUAAACAAGAGCAUUGUGAGACACGGGCCUUGCAGUUCUAUCUGGACGCUGGCCAAUGGGAACUGUCCUUGGAUUUACUGCGGGACUACUGCGACAACUCACAGCUUCACUUCCUGUUGUUCCACCACCUCCUGGACAAGUUCAACAAGGAGGGUGUUUUGACAGACUAUGCAGUGAUGGUGUUUUCUUUGAUGCCAAAUAUCAAAAGCUUGAGCUCAGUGACUGAACUGAUUCCCCCUUGUGAUACAUGGACAGCCUUGGACGUGUUCUCAUCUAGUUGUGUUCCCUUUGGGCAGAUUAAACCUAUACUGCAGAAAAAACUGCUGGCUGAGGACCCAGCGGAUUGACACUUUGAUUAAGCUUUACACCAGUACUGUACAUACAUAGUUUAAGAAGAGUUUAGAUGAUCAAUUUUGAUUUGAUCACAACAACUCAAGCAGUUUGCAGAACACAUGGAUAAAUUUAGAUUGUUGACAUAUCUCAAAAUGUUUAUUUUAUAUAGCUUGUUGUUUUUUACUGUAUUUUUACAUUAAUAAUUGAAUUUUAUGUUGUCAAUGUUUAUGUGGAAAAGAGUGCAAUACUUCCAAGGAGUAAAUAAAAAUUUAUUUUGUUAA